AUGGGAUUCUCGAAUGGAAUCGGAACUCUGGCCGGUUUGACAUGUCCAUUUGUCACCGAACAAUUUACGGCUCAUUCGAAACACGGCUGGACAAGUGUGAGUGGAUUUUGGGGGGAAUUUCAGGGUGAAGCACCUAAAAACUCAUGAAAAAAUCGAUUUUUUCGUGCUAGAACCUGAAAAUUCAUUGGAAAAUCGAUAUUGUCAUAUUUGAGCUCAAAAUACAGCAAAAUUCCGUGAUUUUUAUCAUAUUUGAUACAAAAAAGGCUCUAAAUUCACAGUUUUUUGGUUUAAAACAAGUUUUCUUGCUCCGGAACCUCGAAUUGUCACGAAAAAUCGAUAUUUUUCAUUCGCGAGCUCAAAAAAUCACAAAAUUCUCCAAUUUUGGACAUAUUUACUAUAAAAUACUCGAUAUUUCCAAUUUUCUGACGAAUUUUUAGAUUUUUGACUGCAGGACCCUAAUUUUGCAUGAAAAAUCACGAAAAUCUUCAAUUUUCGAGUUUUUCAGCAAAAUUAGACUCUGAAAUCCAGAAUUUUCGAAAUUUUCCGCUGUGACUCUCUCAAAAUUGCAAAAAACAUAGGGUUUUUCGUGUCAGGACCCAAAAAAUCCCCAAGUUCACCUUAUUUAUCACCAAAUCCUAUAUAAUUUCCAGGUUUUCCUUCUCGCCUCUCUAAUCCACUUCACCGGUGUCACAUUUUAUGCAGUUUAUGCAUCAGGCGAACUUCAGGAUUGGGCCGAGCCAAAAGACGAAGAAGAACCAUGGGCAAAUAAGGAUUUGGUGAACAAAACUGGAAUUAAUGGUGGCGGAAAUGGCGGAGGAGGUGGAUAUGGUGCAGCUGCUGAAACUACAUUUACUAAUGCUGCACAUAUUCCGGCUGGAACUGAUACUUCUUAUCAGACUGGUUAGUUUUCGCAUACAGCAGGCUUCCGCGUGCCGCUGCGCGGAAGCUUGCGGAUAGCUUCAAAUCCCAAUUUAAAAAUUUUCCAGCUCCGGCUUCAAAUCCAUUCUCCACAAAUUGGGACGAAUCGCAGCCAGUCGUCCAAAAUCCACAUUAUCAACAAUGGUAG